GGCUUAGAGUUGCGCUGGUGCGCGCCCUUACGCUCUGGAGGUGUACUCACCACCGCCGACGAGCGCAUCACCCGAACCACCCACGGGUACGACCAUGUGCUUUACAAGAGACACUUAAACAUUAACAGCAACAACCACACCUAUGUCCACGCGGUGAACGUGACGCUGGAAGAGGGUCAGCAAUAUGAUGUGUUCGUGUACUUCGGCACGGGCUCGAAUAAGCUUGGUGAAGAGGCACAUGUGGCAGUGUGGCGUCCGCCCUCCAGAGUAAACGUAACGUCGCUCACAAUAAUGUCGCUCACGAAACAGGAUGAAGUCAUAACGGACGGGGAAAACGUGACAGAGGCCAUAACUAUAAUGGACAAUGACGCCGAUGUUGAUACCACAGAGAUAACGACAGAUGUUGAUACCACAGUUGGCACCACAGAGAGUGAGAUCGAUGUUGGCGCCAAGACCGCAAGCGCAAAUGAGGGUGGUAGUCUAUUAUGGGGACUACUGUUGCUGUUGUUCAUA